AUGCGUGUGUGCUUGAUGAUGCUGGAGGCAUCUUGGGUAACGUCCUCGCCGCCUCGGGUAGGAGGGCCAGCAUGUACGGAAGAUAAAUUCGUCGUUUUGGUGCGUGCGAGAGCGAGGCGCGGGCGGUGCGGGGGUGGGGGCGCGGAGGGCGGCGGCGCCGGCGCGCGGAGGCUGUUGCGCUCAGAGCACCUGCGCCCGCGCUCCGUAGCGCCGCUCGCCGCGUGCUCGUACCCGCGCCCGCGCCCCGGCCCGCGCCGUCCGCAGCGUCGUGACGCCGCCCACGGUAUG